AUGGCUUCUCAGACCAAUGAAGCAGCCAGUUCUUCAACUGACCAAAAUCAUUACACAUACCAGAUCUUCCUGAGUUUUCGAGGCGAGGAUACGCGUUCUAAUUUUACAGAUCAUCUGCACAGCCUUUUGUGUGACAGGGGAAUUGAGACCUUCAUAGAUGAUGAGCUUAAAAGAGGAGAAGAAAUAUCAUCGGCUCUUGUCAAAGCAAUUGAGGAGUCAAGAAUUUCAAUCAUCGUCUUUUCUCAAAAUUAUGCUUCGUCAAGGUGGUGCUUAGAUGAACUGGUCAAGAUACUUGAAUGCAGAAAAUCCAAAGGACAAGAAGUUAGAGCGGUUUUCUAUAAGGUGGAUCCCUCAGAUGUUCGACACCAAAGUGGUGCUUUCGGUGACGCAUUUGCUACACUUGAUCAAAGCAAAUACGAGGAUAGCAUGGGCAAAUGGAAGGUAGCUCUCAAGGAAGCAGCAGAUUUGUCUGGAUGGCCUUUCAAGGAUGGCGAGCCCGAGGCUAAAUUUAUCAGGAAGAUUGUUGGCGAGUUGUCCGCCCGAGUAGUAAACCCUUCAUGUGAGUUGCACGUUACAGAACAUCCAAUUGGAUUAGAGUCUUGUAGACAAGAUGUCAACAGACUUUUACAUGCCGAGGAAAAUAUUGUUCGCAUGGUAGGCAUAUGGGGGCCUGGUGGAAUAGGAAAGACCACAAUUGCGAAAGAUGUGUUUAAUUCAAUUCACCAUAAGUUUGAAUGCAGUUGUUUCUUGGCAGAUGUUAGAUCAAAUGCCCUAGGCCAACUACAAGAGACACUUUUGUUUGAUAUUUUAGGGGACUCAACUUUGAAGGUGCACAAUGCUGAUAAAGGAGUCUAUUUGAUAAAGACAAGGAUGCGAAAUAAAAAAGUUUUCUUAAUCCUUGACGACGUGAGUCAUUGUAGCCAAUUACAGAACUUAGUUCCAUCUCCUGAUUGUUUUGGGCCGGGCAGUAGAAUUCUCAUAACAACAAGAGAUAAACGUUGGCUAAUUGCUCAUCAAGUAGAUGAAGUAUACGAGGUCAAGAUGUUAAAUGAUCGUCAAGCUUUGAACUUAUUUAGUUUGAAUGCAUUCAAAAGAAAUAGACCUCCAGACGAUUAUCUACAACUUGCACAACGUGCAGUACACUAUGCCCAAGGACUUCCAUUAGCUUUGAUGGUUUUAGGCUCUCAUCUAUUUCGUAGAAGCCGAGAGGAGUGGGAAGCUACAUUAGAUAGUUGUAGGGGAGAAGAUCCUCACAGGGAGAUAAGAGACGUUCUCAAAAUAAGUUAUGAUGCUCUGGAAGUAGAUCUAAAGGGAUAUUUUCUUGAUAUCGCUUGUUUCUUUAAAGGGGAGCAUGUAGACCAUGUGAAACCAAUACUAGAAGCUUGUUAUGAUCUCAAAUCAGUGACUGGUAUUGCACAACUCCUAGAAAAAGCCUUGAUAAGAAUUGACGGAGAUAGGAUUUGGAUGCAUGACUUGAUAGAAGAAAUGGGUAAAGACAUAGUGUAUCAAGAGUCACCUGGUGAGCCCGGGAAACGCAGCAGAGUGUGGAGUGAAGAAGAUAUCAACCACAUUCUAACAAAUAAUACAGGAACAAAGAAAGUUAUAGGCAUCCAGAUUCUAUUCAGAGUACUCUGGAGAGAAGAUGAUGUCAGCUACAUUCUAACAAAUAAUACAGGAACAUAUAAAGGCAUCCAGGUCCUACAGGCAUCAUCUGCAAUAUCUUUGAAUGCUAAAAGCUUUUCAAAGAUGAAGAAUCUUAGAUAUAUUUCUAUGGGCAAGGACCUGAGAUUUGAAUUCUUUUCUGGAGACAUCGAUUAUCUCUCCAAUCAGUUGAGGUGGCUUGAUUGGCCUAAUAGUCCGUUGCAAUCAUUUCCAUCUAAUUUUCUUGCAAACAAACUUGUAAAGCUCAAUAUUUCUGAUAGUUGCGGAAUCACACGACUAUGGGAGGGACGUAAGAAUUUUUCAAGCUUAACAUCUAUGGAUUUAAGAGGUUGUAAAUCCCUCAUAGACCUUCCGAACUUCACCGGAAUACCCAACUUAAUAGAGUUGAAGUUAUAUGACUGUGAAAGUUUAGUUGAGGUUCAUCAUUCUGUUGGAUUCCUAGAUAAGCUUGUGACCUUAAGUCUUAAAGGCUGCUGUAACCUAGUUACGUUGCCAACCGAAUUUAGCUUGAAAUCUCUCCUUGCUAUGGAUCUUAGUGAUUGUAAAUCCCUCAUAGACCUCCCGAACUUCACCGGAAUACCGAACUUAAUAGAGCUGAAGUUAGAUGGUUGUGAAAGUUUAGUUGAGGUUCAUCAUUCUGUUGGAUUCCUAAAUAAGCUUGUGAUCUUAAGUCUUAAAGGCUGCUGUAACCUAGUUCAGUUGCCAACCGAAUUUAGCUUGAAAUCUCUCCUUGCUAUGGAUCUUAGUGAUUCCACUAGGCUAGAGGAAUUUACAAAAAUUGUUGGAAAGAUGGAUUCUUUCGGAGUGUUGAUCCUAUCAUUCACUCGUGUUAAAGAAUUGCAUCCGUCAAUUGGAAAUCUCAUUGGGCUUAAUCAGUUAUGUCUAGUAGAUUGUAAAAAUCUUACAACUCUACCAUGCAGCAUAUAUGAGUUACAAAAUCUAGAGAUCUUAGAUGUGAGUGGAUGCUCAAAAUUUGAUACAUUUCCAGAAAUCAAGAGAAAGAUGAAUUCCUUAAAAAAGUUAUAUCUAAGAGGCAGUGGCAUUACAGAAUUGCAUCCCUCAAUUGGAAAUCUCAUUCGGCUUCUUGAGUUGGAUCUAGCAGAUAGUGAAAAUCUUACAACAAUACCAUGCAGCAUAUAUGAGUUACAAAAUCUAGAGAUCCUAAAUGUGAGUAGAUGCUCAAAUCUUGUUAAAUUUCCAACAAAAGCAAGUAUUUCACAUGAUCAUGACAGUGGCUCGCUAGCGCUUCCCCAGCUACGUGUACUCAAAAUCAAAGGAUGUAAUUUAUCAACUGUUGAUUUCAUUGGGAGUCUUGACUGCUUGAAAACAUUAACCGAACUUGAUCUCUCAAGUAACAAUUUUGUUAGUGUUCCAGCACCUAGCAAAUUUGUCAACUUGCCAAGGAUUGACUUGUAUUGUUGCAAGAGACUUCGAGAGAUUCCAGAGCUUUCAGCAAAUAUACUCGAGGUAAAUGCAUGGGAUUGCGAAUCAUUGGAGAGAUUUUCGAUAUUGCCCAAGUCUUUGAAUAUGAUAGAGAUGAACUUGUGGAAUUGCCAUAGAUUUAGUUACAGUCUGGGCUAUGACAAGGAGAAGAUGAAAAAUAUUUUGCUGAAUAAUCCGAACAACUCCCCGUUUACGCUUGUACUACCUGGUAGUGAGGUUCCAAAGUGGUUCCAUAUUUCAAAGGAGGUUGCUGCUUAUGAAAAAGGCCUGGCAUUGACAUGUGCAGUUUCUUUUGAAAUACCAAGCAAAUUGAAUUGGGAGAACAUAGGACUGGCUCUUUGUUCUGUAUUAGUUGAGGAAACUUUUAGUAUUUUUAUUGACGAUCGAGUUGUUAUUUUCAUCAAUGAGGAACUCAUAGAUCAGAGAUCCAAUCGGCACAGUCCAAUGCCAAUUGGUCAUAUGCGUCUGAAUUAUAUUCCAUUAUGUGAUGAAAUAAAGGGAAAGGUGGAUCAAAACGGUUGGUUGCGUUAUCACUGUCGAGUUCAAUUUUACCCUGUUGAUCGAAUGAAAAGCUGUGGAGUUCACCUCGUCUGCCAACCACCGAAUGAAUAUUCAAAUAAGAUUGUAAUGGCGGCUCCACCUGCCGAUGAGAGUGGUAUGCUAGACUGCCUUUCGUGGCUUUCGUCGCCGUCAAUUGAAGAUGAUUGUGAAUCCUUGGACACAGACGUUGGCCUAGGCAUAAGACGUUGGCUUUCGUGA